UAACCUGCUGAGUAGAGUUUUAUUUUGAAAAUGGAAACCUGGCAUGUUUAGAGGGCGAAGGCUUUGCUGUGACUGGUGGGCUAAAUCUUUUGUACACUCGUAAACGUUAAAAACAUGAAAGCCCAGAUGUUGUUUUCGGUCGUUCCGCAUCUGGCGGGCUGCUUCCCUUCCAUCUAGGAAUGGCACGCGGCGCCACGGUGGUAACGUGCAGGCAGAGGCUCGGGGAUUUCCUCGCUCGCUCGCUUGUUUUUGUAGGCGGGGAGUUGUUUGCCACUUUCGCACAAGCAGGGCGCCGAAGGGUUGAGUCGCGGAAUGUCAGGAGAUCUUAACCAGCGUGUAACCUGCGCAGGUUUUUGCUCGUAAUUAGUUUGUUAUUACGCCCGGUCCGCCGUGUCCGCGCGCCUCUCCGUGGGGUUUGUCAACUCAUGCGCUUCUCGCUGCUCAAACCUGCUGCUUCAUCACCUCGUUGUGCGAAGAAGCCGAGCCGAAUCAGCGGUGCAGCCAGAUCAGAACACUCAGCAGUUCAGGUGGACGCUGCUCUUGUGGCAUGAAUACCAUAAACAAAGGAAACAAGGCCUUAAAGGGACACGGGUGGAGCACAAAAUGAAGGAACUUCCGAGAGUUACAAGUAUAACGUUUCAGUUCUCAGGAUGGUAAAGCGGGAGCCUGGGGAAAACGGCACCAGUCUUACGGACGAUGAGCUGGUCACCAUGUCAGUCCGUGAACUGAAUCAGCAUUUACGGGGGCUCUCUAAAGAAGAGAUCCUACAGCUAAAGCAGCGACGCCGCACCCUGAAGAAUCGUGGCUAUGCGGCUAGCUGCAGGGUUAAGCGGGUCACCCAGAAGGAGGAGCUUGAAAAACAAAAGGCCCAGCUGCAACAGGAAGUGGACAAGCUAGUGACAGAGAAUGCCAGCAUGAAGGUGGAGCUAGAUGCUCUGCGCUCAAAGUACGAAGCCCUGCAGAGCUUUGCAAGGACUGUGGCCCGCAGCCCUGUCACUACAGGAAGGGGACCUAUGGCCUCUGUGAUAGGGCCCCUCAUCCCCGGUAAAGUAGCUGCCACCAGCGUCAUCACCAUCGUCAAAUCCAAAACGGAGGCCAGGUCGUAGUAGCAGAGCAGGCAGAGGGAAGAUUUUCUCGCCUGAACUCGUCAGUGCAUUUUAACAUGAUGCAGGGUCUCCUGUUUAUUCAGUUGUACCUUAACACACAUAAAUGCUUCCGGACUCACUCUUAGCAAUGCAACACAGCGGUCUUCUACUUUUUAAUUCAAAAGAAAGUCUCAGAGGUGGUCCCUACCUGUGAAAAAACCCUCUUUACUUCUUUCUUUUUUCAAAAGACUUAGUCAAUCAAAUACUAUCAUGUUAGGCCCUCUCGCUUGUUAUUCUGCACUGACUUGGAUCAAUAAUAAAAGGUCACAUUAUUGGUCCUUAUGCUACAGAAGUCUUCAAAAACAACUUAACUAACCCAAAACUAGCUAUUUUAGUCCAAUUUGUGAUAUUUCUGUUUGUUUUGUUUUGGUGUUAGGUGUCUCUCAGUGAUAUAGGCAUAAAACAAUGCUGACAAACCUAGUGUUCAUUUCCAUUUAUGCAUUCAUGAAAGGCUUCAGUGAAGUUGUCAUUAUCGACAUGACUGGUAGAUGCAAUAAUAUAUGUAUGCACUGAAAACACACUUGGGGAAAAAAUAAAGAGAUCUUGUUUAUUUAUCUUAGCGGUAUGAUUCCAGAGCUAAGUGCCAUUCCAAUAUGACAAGAUUCUGCUACGAUAUCAGAAAACCUGAAUGUUAUUACAGUAAUACCCUCACGAUUCGUGAGAAAACUCAUUAUGGUCAUGGGGAAAAUAUGUUGGUUUCUUUAAAAAAAAUAAUAUAUAUAUAUAUAUAUAUAUUGCGUUUUUUUGUAAUUACUUCUUAACAUCUCUGUCAGAUAUUUCCAGAAGAGAGUCUUUACACAAGCUUUACUGUUUGAAUCGUUAAAAGGUAGGAUACUUUGUCUAUCAUUGAGUUCAUGGUUUUUAUUACUUGGUAGAUUAAACUCCAUCGUUUAUAGAAAUACAGAAAAAGAAAAUGAAUAAAAAAAAAAAUCCCGUGACAUCUCUUUUGCAAUUGUACCAAAAGUGGCUUAUUAUUGAAGUCUGAUAGCUUUUUUUCUAGUGACUAGGCGCGUACAGUGGGGUAGCGCGUAACGUGACGUGUACGUGGCAAGUUGGCGGUGUUGUUCACUGUAUAGAUGUCAACGCUGUGCUAUUUAAGAAAAAAAAAAAUAAUCUGUAGAGCUAAACUCGGUGGUGUGAACAAGGUCAG